AUGGCGUUGAAAAACGUGGCAAGUUUGACAAAAGGAAUAUUCGGCAGAAAUGCCCAACUCGCACUCACAACCGGAAAUGUUCAACAAAAACGAUCAAACUACAAAUACGUUGGUAUGCCAGCUGAAAGUGAUGGAACCGUUGCCGGAGACUUGAACUACGGUUUGCAUACAAUAUUUUUCACCGAAUUGUUCCGCGGUUUUGGUGUCAUGUUGGGACACGUUUUCAUGGAGCCGGCAACAAUCAAUUAUCCAUUUGAGAAAGGACCAUUGAGUUCGAGAUUCCGUGGAGAACACGCUCUUCGAAGAUAUCCAUCUGGAGAAGAAAGAUGUAUUGCUUGCAAAUUAUGUGAGGCUAUCUGCCCAGCUCAAGUUAGUUUUUUUAAAGAUUUAUUUUUCGAAAAGUUCUGAAUUUUUUUUAUUGAAAUAAUGACAAUUUUUGUAAUUUUCUUCAAUCUCAAAGUACAUAUAAUUUCCAGGCAAUCACCAUCGAAGCCGAAACUCGUCCAGAUGGCAGUCGUCGUACAACUCGAUACGAUAUCGACAUGACAAAAUGUAUUUUCUGUGGUUUGUGCCAAGAAGCUUGUCCUGUUGAUGCGAUUGUCGAAGGACCAAAUUUCGAAUAUUCGACUGAAACUCACGAAGAGUUGCUCUACAAUAAGGUAACUCUUUUGACUUUUUUUUCGAAUUUAAAGCUAGAUGAAUAUAAUUUUCAGGAAAAAUUAUUGCUUAACGGUGAUCGAUGGGAACCAGAAUUGGCUUCAAACUUGCAAGCUGAAUAUCUUUACCGUUAA